CAACAGAAGCUCUGGACAUCAGAAGAUUAUCCAAACAAAAGAAGACUUAAGACAUGUCGUUGACAUUAACACAUCAGCUUCUGUUCCUCGGCAAAUAUCAGAAACACCAUUUCCAUUUCAAUGAAUCCAAACCCAUCUCAAGCUGCUGGCGCAGGAAGAGAUGUGAGGGGAUCAGGUGCUGCAGCAGCAGAAGCAGAAGAGCAAUGGAGAGAUUCAGAGAGGAGAUGAGCAAUUGGAAGUACUACGAGCUGCUCGGAGUUCCGGCUGGUUCGAGUUUGCAGGAGAUCAAAGAGGCUUACAGGAAGCUGCAGAAGAAGCACCACCCUGACAUUGCAGGGCAAGAGGGACAUGAAUAUACUCUGAUGCUCAAUGAGGCUUACAAGGCGCUGAUAAAAGGAAACCUCAGGAAAGAUCAUGACAAUCGAGCAAGAGCGCCGUUUGGAAGGCACAAGUCUAAUACGAGUUCCUACAGUUCGUGGAACGGACCCUUGAGACCUCAGGCCCUGUUUGUCGAUGAAAAUGCUUGCAUAGGAUGCAGAGAAUGCGUAUGCCAUGCUGGCAAGACCUUUGUCAUGGACGAAGAUCUCGGAUGUGCUCGAGUGAAAUUACAGUUUGGGGAUGACCAACAAAAACUCGAGGUUUCGGUGGACUCGUGCCCUGUGAAUUGCAUCUACUGGGUGGACUCUGAGGAGCUCGAAGUUCUCGAGUUCCUAAUUCGGCCUCAGCAGAUGGCAGGAUACGGUGUCUUCGGAGGAGGUUGGGAGAGGCCUGCUAAUGUUUUCUCGGCAGCUAAAUCCUUCAUCAAGCAGCUCAAACUGGAGGCUGCAGCGAACAAUGCAAGUGUAAGUUCCGAAGAAGAGACGCCGGCACAGGCUGAGGCGCGGGCUCAAGCGAGUAAGGAGAUAAAUAUGGAGAGAUUCUCGGAAAUCUGGAGACUGUUAGAAGUGCUCGGCUUGAAGAUGCAGAACAAGGAGUGAGUGCAGACAUCGAGUAAUUAUAUAGCAGCUAUAGAACCUUGAUGCCGCGACGGAGAUAACCUUUUGCCCUCGAAUGGACAUCAGCAUUCGGCACCUGUGACCGAUCAGGUAGGCAAUGGUGGAUUUAUCUCUAAGGGAAAUCGGAUGCACAUAACACGUAUAUAAGUCGAUGUAAAUGGUGUCGGAUUGUGAAUUAGUUUGGACAACAGAACGAUUUGGUUCGGGGGGAAGUGCAGUGAUGGUCGCGGUUUGAUUUCCCUGGUUGGCCAUUUUGGAUUCGAGAUGUUCCAAUGAUAGAAUUAGUGAGAAUUUGACUGAUGA